AUGGCGAUGCGGAGCUUCUUCAACGAGAUCAAGGGCCUGAAGGUCCGGGAGCUUCCGGGGCACCUGAAGCCGAUGAUGUCGUUGGACUACCUGAAGAAGUCAAUCGCGAAGGGCUUCGACAGGUACCAUGACAAGUACAUCGAGACGAGCUCCAUCGAGCCCCUCUACCACGUAUGCUUCGGAGGGAUGAUUUUCUCCUAUCUCGUCGCCCUCCCUGAGGAGCGCCGCCACCUCGCGCACCAAGCGCAGCACGGCCAUUGA